AAACCUCAUUUUCAUACCUUUCCCCAGUUUAGGCUUCAACAUGGGAAUUUCUCUCCACUGGACCUGGUUUGCUGUUUUUUCAUGUCUCCUCUGCAUGGGAUGUGGGGUUUGGUGUGAAUGCACAGAGGAGGGUAUGCAGAUAGAAGGAGGUCACUACACACUGACCCAGCAGCUGACGAGGGGCAGCCUGUUGAUCUACCACUGUCCUGAGAGCUUUUAUCCAUUUCCUGUCCUGACCCGUCUGUGCCAGCUAAACGGCCACUGGUCACCCAGACCCAAAAGAUUUACACCUCAGAGAUGCAGGAUUGUUGAAUGUCCAGACCCCAACGUACUGGACUAUGGGACCGUCUCCCCUCCUCAGGAGAAGUACUUUGUGAACAAUGAGACCACAUAUGAGUGCUACUCUGGAUACACAAUGCGAGGCUCAAGCAGGCGUGUGUGCCUACCAAACGGGAAAUGGAGUGGCUCCACUACCAUCUGUAGCCGUGACUCAGGAGAUAACUGUGCUGAUCCUGGAGUCCCAGCUGGAGCCUCAAGGAUCGGAAACGUGUUUGGAAUUGAUGACACAGUGAAAUACAGCUGCAAUGGCAACCUGUUUGUGGUCGGGUCGAAAGAAAGAGUGUGUCAGGAGAGCGGCCAGUGGACGGGCAAAGAGCCAGCAUGUUACUACAAACACACCUAUGACACUACUCUGGAGGUUUCAGAGGCAUUUGGCAGUGCGAUCAAACAAAGCCUUGUCACUUUAGAGCCCCUCGAUGACACACAGGAGGAGAAGAAAAUCAGGAUUUCAAAAAAUGGGACUCUUAACAUCUAUAUUGGUGUGGAUAUUUCUGAGAGCAUCGAGGAGAAACACUUCGUGAAUGCAAAAGACGCUGUCACCAAACUUAUUACAAAGAUUUCAUCCUUUAGUGUGACUCCAAAUUAUGAAGUCCUCUUUUUCUCCUCUGAGAUACACAAAGUUGUCAGCAUACUUGACUUCUUGGACGGCAGAAUAACGCACACGGACAGCGUCAAGGAAGAGCUGGAAAAGUUUAAAGUAGGCAACAGAAACAUUGCUGGAACUGAUCUGAAUCUCGUCUUCCAGACCUUCCUGGAGCAAAUGGCAGUCAUAAAGAGACGAGUGAAAGAUGAAGGUUUUAAGGAACAUCGUCAUGUCAUCAUCCUUUUUACUGAUGGUGGUUAUAAUAUGGGUGGCUCACCUGCUCCCACUGUGGAAAGAAUAAAGAACAUGAUUUAUAUGAACCAAACCAGUGAACCAGGGACUCAAUCAAGAGAAGAAUUCCUUGACAUUUACAUUUUUGCCAUUGGAGCUGAGGUCUUAGAUGCCGACCUGCAGCCGCUCACAACAGGCCUCGGUGGCCAGCAUUACUUCAGAAUGAAGGACAUUAAGGAUUUGCAGGAGACCUUUGAUGAAAUAAUUGAUGAAAGCGACGUUCAGGGCCUAUGUGGUCUUCACAAGUAUUAUGACAAUGAAAAUUCCAAAGACGGUUCCAAAGAAAGCGAGAGGAAAAUGUAUCCAUGGUUGGCGUCCAUCCGGAUCGAGAAUCAAGGACUAAGGAAUUGCCUUGGCUCUCUGGUGACCUCCAAGUUUGUUCUGACCGCUGCUCACUGCUUCAAAUUUGGCGAUUUACCAGAGCAUUUGAAAGUUGAAAUUGAUGAUGGAAAGGGCACAGUAAAAAGAGUUAAAACCUUCAUAUUACAUCCAAAGUACAAUGUUAGUGCUAAGGUGAACGAAGGCGUGGCGGAGUUCUAUGACUAUGAUGUUGCUCUCAUCCAACUGGAGGAAGACGUUCAAAUCUCCUCUUUCGUCAGACGUAUUUGCAUUCCUGGCACCCAGGAGACCAGUGACGCUCUGCAACUGGUGGGUAAAUCCACCCUCAAGCAACAAGAGGAUAGUGUGCUGAAAUCUCAUCUGGAAAAACUCAAUUUCCUGACGAAGUCGGGAAGCUCAAUCGAGGAAAAAGAUGUCAUCGCUAAACUUGGCGAUAAUAGGAUCGAAUGUAUCGUACAUGCACUAGAUGCAGAAGGCAUAGACACGAAGAAUCCAAAGGUCGCUGUGACUGAAAACUUCCUGUGCACCGGUGGUCAGACUCCUUAUAGAGAUCACAUAGCAUGCACAGGCGACUCUGGAGGAGCUGUAUACAAAAACUACAAGCAUCGUAUCAUACAGGUUGGCGUGGUGAGCUGGGGAACCAAGAAACUUUGCACGUCGGGGGGGAAAGUUGAGUCGACUGCCAGCUCCAGAGAUUUCCACAUUAAUCUUUUCAGAAUCGUCCCUUUUCUCAAAUCUGUCCUGGCAAAUGACAUGCAGGACGAUUAUGCACCACUUCAGUUUUUGGAAGACUAAAUUCAUUUAUUUGCUGCAGUUUGGUUCACCAUUUCAUUUAUAUGAUUAAUUUUUUCAAAAACAUUGGUUUAUGUUAUUUAGCUGGAUGAUUGAGGAUGAUUGAAUUCAUCCAACACUCAUUCAAUCGGUAUGUGGGCUCAGAAUGGAAAGAGGCAAAUUAUAAAUGUUCUUAUCAAAUACAUACAUGUUCACAAAUUGACAUCAUGUUUUAAAACAUUUUGGCAUCACUACUUCUCAAAAGGACCAAUUAUUGUCAGUUAUGUUUAUCAGAGCUGUAUCUUGUCUGCACAUUCAUUUAUUCACCAUUUUAAGUGGUUAACCAGUUUGUAAACAGCUCAAUAAAUCAGUAUUAACCUGG